AGUAAGCCGGAAGCAAGGAGUGUGUACGUCUGAUAUUAGGCUUUCGUUGUUCCCAGCAGAAGUGCUGCUACAGGUUGUUACUGUGGAGCCUGGAGGAUAGUCUUCACAAUAUGCAGCUGUAAACCUUCUUUUCCAUUGAGCAGCUGGUGUGUAACCGGUAAAGAUGCACAGCCGCUUGCAGGAGUUGAAGAAGGAAGAGGAGACCCUCCUCAAAAUCAAAGUCAUGCUCCAAGACCAGCUGAACAGGUUAAAGUUUGAAGAAGGGGCCUUGAAAUCAAUAAUUAAAGCUCAGACUGAGGAAGGAGUAUCUGAAUGCCCGUCUCCAGAAAUUGAGACCAACAUCAACCUCGACGACGAGAACACGAUCAACUGCACCAAGCUUCUGCUGAACACUGCUACAGAUUAUGACAUGGAAGACGACGACGAGGAGGAGGAGGAGGAGGAGGAGGAAGACGAGGAGAACAAUGAAGAUGGUGACAACGCGUUUGGUUUUGCACCUAAUGAGGAUGAAGAGGAAGACGACGAUUACUGAGCCGCACAAAUGCUGAACGUGGCUUUGUUGUUUCUAGAUUUGUUAACCUGUGUAUUACUUUCGUGUGAGAAGGUGUAUUUAUUGUCAUGGAGCGUGUAGCAGUCGGCUUGAUGUGCGGUGCUCAUGGUCUCCUCUAUUCAACUUCAUGAGGAUCGUCACACCAAAGUAAAGCAGUAGGUGCUUACACUCUAUUAGGUGCCACAAAUCAGGUGUUAAAAUGUGCCUGUUCGCAUGAAACAGUAUGGCUGGGCCACAUGGGGAAUUGCAUUAGCACAAAAUAAACAUUUUGUAUUUGUUUUUAUGUUGUAUAUGAAUAUUUUCAUUUAUUGUUGCAUUUUAUUGCUAAUUAUGACAAAAGGUACGGCGAUGCUUUUUUUUCCGGAUUGGAAUAAAGUGUUAGACAGUU